GGCCGGAGCGCGAGCUCGAGGGCGGCGGCCCGCGCUGCGCAGCGGGAAGAUGGCGACCGCCUCGGUGUCGGCGGCUUCGGGGUCGCAGUUUUCGAACAUCCUAGCUGAACCAUCAAGGUCUAAAGGAAGUAUGGUCCAUCAUUCUUCAUCUCCAUAUGUAUUAUAUCCAUCUGACAAGCCUUUCCUUAACAGUGAUCUACGACGGUCCCCAAAUAAGCCCACACUUGCCUACCCAGAAAGCAACAGCAGAGCCAUAUUUUCUGCUCUUAAGAAUCUUCAAGAUAAGAUUCGACGCUUGGAACUGGAAAGGAUUCAGGCAGAAGAAAGUGUGAAAACGUUGUCUAGGGAAACGAUUGAAUAUAAGAAAGUAUUGGAUGAACAGAUACAAGAGAGAGAGAAUUCAAAGAAUGAAGAAUCAAAACACAAUCAAGAACUGGCGUCCCAGUUGUUAGCUGCAGAAAAUAAAUGUAAUCUCUUAGAAAAACAGUUGGAAUACAUGCGAAAUAUGAUAAAGCAUGCAGAAAUGGAGAGGACAUCUGUCUUAGAAAAGCAGGUUUCCCUGGAAAGAGAGCGGCAGCAUGACCAAACCCAUGUCCAGAGCCAGCUGGAAAAGCUGGAUCUUCUUGAACAGGAAUACAACAAACUCACCACAAUGCAGGCUCUUGCGGAAAAAAAAAUGCAAGAGUUAGAGUCUAAACUUCGUGAAGAAGAGCAGGAAAGGAAGCGAAUGCAGGCGCAGGCAGCAGAGUUGCAGACCGGUCUUGAAGCAAAUAGACUUAUUUUUGAAGAUAAGGCAACUUCAUAUGUUCCAACCAGCACUAGAAAAAUUAAAAAAAAGAAGCCAAAACCACCAGAAAAGAAAGGUUCUAGGAACUAUUUUGGUGCACAGCCACAUUACAGAUUGUGCCUAGGUGAUAUGCCCUUUGUUGCUGGAAAGUCCACCAGUCCCAGCCAUGCAGUGGUAGCCAAUGUUCAGCAUGUCUUGCAUCUGAUGAAGCACCACAGUAAGGCUUUGUGCAAUGAUCGCGUUGUUAACAGUGUUCCCUUGGCAAAGCAAGCCUGUUCACGAGGCAGCAAGGUUAAGAAGUCUGUGACACCUUCCUCCGGCAGUGUCUCUGAAGAGCUCUCGGAUGUCUUACAGACUCUGCAGGAUGAAUUUGGACAAAUGAGCUUUGAUCAUCAGCAGCUUGCUAAACUCAUCCAGGAGUCACCAACUGUGGAACUGAAAGACAACUUGGAGUGUGAAUUGGAGGCAUUAGUGGGAAGAAUGGAAGCGAAGGCCAACCAGAUAACUAAAGUCCGAAAAUACCAAGCCCAGCUGGAGAAACAAAACAUAGAUAAUCAGAAGAAGGAAUUAAAACAUAACAAAAAGGCUCUUGAUGAAGAAGGGAACAGCAGCAUUCGCUCAUCCGGAGUCACAAGGACCACAAGUAAGAAGGAAUUUGCCAAACAGAGACCUGGAGAGAGAAGCAGGAAAAAUCUUCAGUUACUGAAGGACAUGCAAACCAUACAGAAUUCACUGCAAAGCAGUAGUCUGUGUUGGGAUUACUGAUGCCAGACCAUAAAUCAUGUACCUUACUGGACAAUGACAGUAGACUUUGCAGGUUUCAUGCUUGCUAAUGUUGCCAUUACUAGCAGGUGUCUAGGGGCCCAAGCUUCAUCACACAGUCUCUUGUGUUAUGCAGCACAGCUGUAUGCAAAUGCAGUUUUAUAGCAUGAGACGCUGCACUGUUUCUUUGAAUUUGCUAUACUUAUAUACUGCACUUUGUAAACAAAUGACCGGUUUUUUACUUGUGUGUUUUUUAAGUAGGACUAUAUGUAAAUUGGGUUUGAAAAUUCAGAACGAGGUUGUCCCCAUAGUCAGUGCUUGAAAAGCCUCGUUUUUAAAUCUUCCCCAGGCAUGAAGUGACCUCUAUUUUCCCCUCCAGAUGACCAUUAAAUGUACUGUUUUCAACUACUGACACAAGGUUUC